AUGCAAACGGCAACCGGCCCUGUAUGCGUGCUCGGUGUUGAUGGUGAUUUUGAUUUCUGUCAAACAAUGGUGAAAGACAUAUUCAACGAUUCAACAUUAAAUGAAGAAUUUGCCAAGAUUGUUCCACACUUACACUUUUCGUCUGCUAAUUCAAUCAAUUGGGCUAGGUUUUUACCCCAAGUAGUUUUCACAGUUAGUUCUUAUUUAAAACUAGUUGAACAAAAUAUCAUCAAAUUAGGUGAACCAGUCGAUGUUUGUAUUCCAACGGGCAAUUUUGGUAACAUAUUAGGUGCCGCGUAUGCUCGUCAUCUAGGUUUACCAUUAAGAAGAUUAAUAGCUGCUUCCAAUGUAAAUAAUGUUAUUGCCGACUUUGUUAAAACUGGUGUCUACGAUUUGAGAACACGUCAAUUUAUGCAUACAAUUACUCCGAGUAUUGAUAUACUAGUCAGUUCGAAUUUGGAACGAUUUAUAUAUUUGAUAACAGAUGGUGAUUAUACCAUUGUGAAACAAUUAUUUGAAGAUUUGGAACGCAACCACUUCUUUAAAGUUGGUCCCGAAUUGCAUUCUAAAAUUCAAUCUGAAAUCUCGGCUGGUUGGACGUCAGAAGUUGAAUGUUUAAAGACAAUUGCUUCCGUUUACAAGGAAACUGGAAAAUUUAUUGAUCCCCACACGGCUGUAGCAGUCCAUGUUGCUAGCUCCUAUGAUGAUAGUGAGAAUGUACCCAUGUUAAUUUCUUCAACAGCACAUUAUGCAAAAUUCCCAACAGCAAUGUUAACCGCUUUACAAGAACAACCCACACAAACAACAGAUAUGAAUGUAAUGUUUGACACUUUACGAUCAUUGCCGCAUCAUCCAUCAUCAAAUAUUCAUCCAGAAUUAGAAAAAUUAUCAUUAAAAACGCGUGUUCAUACAAAAAAUGUAGCCGCAAAUAAAGAAGCCAUUGUCAAAGAAAUUAAACAGUUUUUAAACCAGUUUUCGACACAAAUAGUUGACAAACAACAAUUAUGA